CAGCAGCAGCCGAAUAUUCUUCCGCUGUUGAUAAUGUGGUCGCCAGUCAGGUAGGCGCGCAGCUGAUCUGUGGGGCAUGGCGCGGAGUCGGCAAUAGGCUCCGAGAGUGGAUCAGCAGAGCGCUGGCUGCACCCACCUCGAUCAGUUGUCGCUGCGUCUGGUGAUUUCAGGCCAUGGCUGCUCUGCACCUCAGCGCCGUCGCCCAGCGCACAUGUCUCGCCCCCGCCCGGUCGUCCGACCCCGCGUCCAAGCGUCCGAUCGCAUGCGCGCCCGCGUCCUCGCCAUGCGCCCGCCACGGGCCCUUGUCCGUCGCUGCGGCGCCGUCAGCCGCCAGGCCGCGCUCCCUCCGGCCUGAUCAGAGCAGGCGACGACAGCAUGCGAGGCGACUGGUUGGUCGUGCGACACCAGGCGACGAGGGCGCUAUCGCACGGCGGUUGGAGGAAGCGGCAGAGGGGGAGGAGAGCAUCAGGGGCGCUGGUGAAGGCGCAAGGGGCGAAGCGGCGGGAGAUAUAGGCGGAAAUGAUGCGCUGACGGCGGAGACCGGAGUGAAUUCCGCGGAUCGGCUAGGCGGCGGGAAUGGAGCGACAGCGGUGGCAUCGGAAACAGCGGAAUUAACUGCUUCGCCGACGUCGUCGUCGUCGUCCCCUGCGUGGUGGAGCGCGCUGUGGGGCGCGGGCGGGUGGCAGAAGCGGUGGAGCAUCGUGGUUCUCUGCUUCUUCGCCUUCCUGCUCUGCAACAUGGACCGGGUGAACAUGAGCAUCGCCGUGCUGCCCAUGGCGGAGCAGUUCCAGUGGACGCCCGCCACCGUGGGGCUCGUGCAGUCCUCCUUCUUCUGGGGCUACCUCCUCACGCAGGUGGCGGGCGGCGUGUGGGCGGACACGAUAGGCGGCAAGCAGGUGCUGGGGUUCGGCGUGGUGUGGUGGUCGCUGGCCACCGUGCUCACGCCCAUCGCUGCGGGCCUCGGCCUGCCCGCGCUGCUCUUCGCCCGCGCCUGCAUGGGCGUCGGGGAGGGCGUGGCGAUGCCAGCGAUGAACAACCUGCUGUCCAAGUGGGUGCCGGUGGGCGAGCGCAGCCGGUCGCUGGCGCUGGUGUACAGCGGCAUGUACCUGGGCAGCGUGGCGGGGCUCUCCCUCUCGCCCGCCAUCAUCCACGCCCUCGGCUGGCCCUCCGUCUUCUUCUCCUUCGGCGCCCUCGGCCUCGUGUGGUUCGCCGUGUGGCAGGGCAAGGCGCACAGCUCGCCCGCGGAGGACCCCAGUGUGUCGGCGGCAGAGAGGGCGCUCAUUGCGGGGGGAGGCAGUGGCGCACGGGGGGGGGAGGGGGAGGGCAAGGCGGGGGGGGUGCACCUGGAGGGGGGUGAGCCGCUGCGGCUGUCGACGAUCCCGUGGCGGCUGCUGCUGAGCAAGGCGCCGGUGUGGGCCAUCAUCGUGUGCCACUUCUGCCACAACUGGGGCGUCUUCAUCCUCCUCACCUGGAUGCCCACCUACUACCACGACGUGCUGGGGUUCAACCUGACGGAGUCGGGGCUGUUCGCCGUGCUGCCGUGGCUCACCAUGGCGCUCGCCUCCAACGUGGGCGGGUGGAUCGCUGACACCCUCAUCGCCAGGGGCUUCUCCGUCACGCUCGUCAGGAAGGUGAUGCAGAGCAUUGGCUUCCUGGGCCCGGCCAUCUGCCUGUCGUUGCUCUCCACCGUCAAGUCGCCCGUCGCUGCCAUCGCGCUGCUCAUGCUCUCCCAGGGCACGGACGCCUUCUCCCAGUCAGGGCUCUACUCCAACCAUCAGGACAUCGGCCCACGCUACGCUGGAAUUCUGCUGGGUCUCUCCAACAGCGCUGGCGUGCUGGCAGGUGUCUUCGGCACCUACGUCACGGGGCAGAUCCUUCAGAACGGGUCGUGGGACGAGGUGUUCACGGUGGCGGUGGCGCUGUACCUGGUGGGCACAGUGGUGUGGAACGUGUUCGCCACGGGGGAGAGGGUCUUCGACUGACCACUCUCCACCCGUGCCAUGCCAUGCCACACCACAUGGCUGCUGCUGGUCUUGCAGAGCUGAAAUCCACCUUUAUACCAUCCGUGACAUGCCCCCUCCACAAUCAUUGUAGUGAAUUUAUUCCGGAUUUACGAAAUAAGAGCGUGUUCCUACGAAUCUCUUCCUAGGCUAGUAUCCUCUUCCCAGACUGCUCUCAGCUGAGCGCGUGUUUGAAGGACCCUUUUUCAAGCCAAUUUGU